AUGGGUCCGCAUAUUAAACGAAUUACAAAGUAUCCUCGGCCCCCAGGGCGCACGGAAAGCGCUGAUGAAGACACUGAGGUACCAAGUGAAGAGACUAUCCGUCGCGUACUUGCAUUUCUUGCGGGCAUAGCACGUCAGUCCAACACAGGCGACAGUUCGGAUCCCUCCUCCGGCGAGCUACAGCAGCAAGUAAUGCGCGGAAGUUCUACACCGUCCGUUACCUCUGCAGUCAGCCUCUGUCCACCUACCCUGGGCGAAGGUGUCGAAAAUUCUGGCCUGGUCUCCAGGCCACUGCUUCUGUCUCCGGUUUUCACGGAUCCCUCUUCUGUCGAUGCAAAGCGUUUUGAACGGGAGGCAACUUAUGUCCCCAGUGGUGCCAACGUCAUUCCCUUCGUUGCGGACAAAAAGUCCUUCGGUAACCUACUGUUAAAAGCAGACAGCACUAGCACAACAAUGUCGGCGAAUAUCGCUGCAGCUUGCACCCCUACCUCAUUGAUAAAACCCGUGCAGCUGCGUCAUCAGCGCUCCAAGCGGAACCACCGCACCCGUAUCUACAGUCACCGAGACAAUGAUGAGAUAUUUGCUGAUCUCACCUACGAGGCCAACGCCGGUGAUGCAAGGAAUCGAGGACCUGGCAUUGCUGCCACUGUCGGUCUCUCUGUCUCGGGCCGUUCAUCUACCUCUUUCGAAAGCAAUAACCCCUCUUUUUUACUUGAUCUACAACAGCGCUCCGCUCUGCAAAUUAUUCAACAGCAACUAGCGGCUGUUAGCGUCUCCGCUAAUGGCGACCAGCGUCCGCGGACAGCAAGUGACACUAGCAACUGGAAGCGCCAGGCCCUGACUACCUGCCAAUCAGAUGCGACUGCUGUAACCACCGCAGCUGCCGGCUGCUCAUGGGAUCUGCGACCGCGU